AUGUUCGAUUCAGAAAGGAAAAGUUUCAACAUUUUUAAUCAAAGCAAAAAGCAAGUACCGGAGCCAACUGUCCUCUGUGACUCAGUGACCUGUGUGAACGAAACCUGUAACUACAACCUGCGCUGCACCGUCGGGGAUGGAGGGGACAAUGUGACCUACAGCUGGACUCACACAGCAGGGGGCGCUGUGGUACCCAAUGAGUCCAUUCUGCACGUAUCUCAGAGCCCCCUGGCCGUCACCUGCACAGCCCAGAACCCCGUCAGUAACAGCUCCACAACCGCCUCUGCAAAGGGCCUUUGUGCAGCCCCGGCCUCCUCGCUGUCCUACUGCCACCUCAAGGGGAUCGUCCUGCUGCUGGUGCUGGGAGCCCUGAGCGCCGGGAUCAUCGCGGUGCACGUCCUCCCCGGCAGGGAGCGGAGACGGGACUGAGAGCAGAGGAGCUGCCCCUGCGCCUGCCAAUCCCGCCUGGGCGUUCCCAGCCCCCCAGCC